UCAGUUUCUUUUGCAACACAAAGAUACUUCAUUUCCCAUCGUGCACCUCGCAGGACGGAGGAAAGGGUUUCCUUGUCAAGAUGGCGGCUCCCUUGACACUACUUUUGAUUGUGGCUGUUACGAUCCGUGCAGCUCUGUACAGAUCCAGUUUAGCGGACCUCAUAUCGGAGAGAGUGGAGGUGGUGUCUCCGCUUACCGCCUGGAAGAGAGUUGUUGAAGGCUUGGCUCUGCUUGACUUGGGAGUCUCACCGUACUCUGGAGAUGUUUUCCAUGAGACUCCUCUCAUCAUUUACUUCUUUCACUUUUUGGUGGACUAUGCAGAGAUCACGUUUAUGUUGGCAGAUGUGAUCACUGCUGUGGCUCUCUACAUGACCGUGAAGGACUACAACAAACAAGUGUUCAGAAAGCAGAAAUAUGCCCUGGAGGCCGACCGCUACCCCCUCGACUGCCUGGAGCUCAUCAGGAGCCCCAAAGAAAUGUACUACAUCCCUCUGAAAGUAGCCAUGUUUUACCUAUUGAACCCGUUCACCAUCCUGUCCUGCGUCGCCAAGUCAACCUGUGGCCUGAACAACGCCGUCCUCGCCCUUUUCAUCCUCUCUACAAUCAAAGGGAAUGUUUUGCUGAGCGCCGUAUUUCUCUCCUUGGCCACAUAUCAGUCCAUCUAUCCUCUCACUCUGUGCGCCGCAGCGCUGCUCUAUUUGAUGCAGCGUCAGUACAUCCCGGUGAACUACCGGCGGGCCAGCUUCUGGUGGUUCAUUGCUCAGUAUGCCUUCAUGUACCUGGGCAGCCUGUUCGUCAUUGUCUGCCUCUCCUUUUUCCUGCUCGGCUCCUGGGACUACCUGCCGUCUGUCUACGGCUUCAUUCUCUCCGUACCAGACCUGACCCCGAACAUCGGCCUCUUCUGGUAUUUCUUCGCCGAGAUGUUUGAACACUUCCGCCUCUUCUUCCUCUGCGUCUUCCAGAUCAACGUCUUCUUCUACACUAUCCCCCUGUCCAUCAAACUCAAAGAGCAUCCGGUGUUCCUGAUCUUCAUGCAGUUGGCUGUGAUCUCCAUCUUCAAGUCUUACCCCACUGUGGGAGACAUCGCUCUCUACCUGGCCUUCCUUCCUGUCUGGAGUCACCUGCACAGAUUCUUGAGGAACAUCUUCCUGGUGUCCUGCGUCCUGCUCACCUGCUCGGCUCUGUUCCCGGUUCUCUGGCACCUCUGGAUCUACGCCGGCAGCGCCAACUCCAACUUCUACUACGCCAUCACACUGCUAUUCAACGUGGCACAGAUUCUGCUGGUGUCGGAUUAUUUCUACGCCUUCUUGAGGAGAGAACAUCACCUCACCUACGGAUUGUAUCUGAAGAGAAAAGAUGGCUCCGAGGCUACACUAGUUCUUAAAUAAAUACACACACCUGCACACACACACACACACACACACACACACACACACACACACACACACACACACACACACACACACUCAUACGCACAUCACCAUCUGGCUGACAGCCUCUACGAGGAAAAGAGAGACUGCUCAGGGUUUCCCUUCACCUCAAAGGGAGCAAACGCAAAGUGAGGAGGAUAAAGACUUUCAGAGCCACACUGGUCCUCAGACAGGACAUUAACACACAUGCAGUACGUGUGUCUGGUACUACUUCACAUACAAAGAAGUCACAAAAUACUACAUGACAGACACAUGCUGACAUGGGAUGUAGAAAUCUUGCUCCUGCCGUGUGAGACAAACGAACAACUAAAUAUCUCUAUUUGUCCUCUGGAGAACUCUUAUUUUGAAGCCUCCCCCUACCUGUGACGGUGGCUUUUAUUUUGAAGCUUUUUGUCCUGCUGACCGCCACUUCCAGGAUAAUUUUAUUUUGGCGCUGUGUUGUUAUUCUGCAGCUCUGCCUAGACAGCUUUUUAUUUUGAAGCAUCAACUCUCACACAGCUUUUUCUUUUUCUUUCUGGAAGGAAACGUCACUCUGCUCUGGGGGGAUCGGGGGGCUUUUAUUUUGAAGCCUUGUGGGAAAUUGUGGGAAGCUGGCUCUGAUUUGAUCAUUCCUGAUAUCCAGCUCUCCCACACACAUUCUCUUUGUGUUUUUCAUGUUUACCUGAAUACAUUUGUGUUCAAACUGGUUUCCUUUUGUGGUGGGAAAGCUAUCUUUAAGGGUUUGCCUCUCGUUUUCUAACUGCUUUCUUACAGUCCCCCUAUUUUUUACAGUCUGCUCUUCAAUUAACAAAUUCCGUAUUAUUAGUGUUGCAUCUCAUCUCAAGUGAAAACCAGUCAAGCCGAUAUGAACCUCGUCGUGGUACAUAAACACUUUCUGCGACCGUGAUAGCUUCAGCUCCCUGAACACCGAGACAUUUGUCUAAAAACGUUGGGAUUUGGGGGUUUUUCUGCUUGUAAUCUCCAUGUAGGUUUCUACAAAGGAACCGAUUGUGUGCCACUGAACAGCUCAAGUUUUCAUCAUUUACUCUAUUUCUGCAUGUAUGAUAGAAGUUAUUUCAAGAAGUUACUGUUAAACUUUUUACCUAAACAUGUACCUGACGAAUCGCUGAACUCUAGACUCUCAUUUAAAGGAAUAGUUCAGAACAUUUUGUAAAAAAUACUUUUAUUUGGUUUCUUGCUGAGAGUUGAGGCCGUUUUAUGGUUCUGCGGAGGCUCCACGCAGAGCUUUCGCCAUAGCCUACGUUAAGUGGCCUGAUGUUUAUACUUGUGCGCUGGUGUGUGUGUCGAGCCGGCAUGCGUGCAUGCGUGUGUGUGUGUGGGGGAGCGAGGGAGAAGUGCAAGGUGACGGAAAUUAGCUUCAGAUCGAGUAGCGACUCCAGAGUCAUAGCGAGAGAAUUCUACGCAGAAGCAUAAAACAGCCUUUUAGAUGAUGAAGCUACAGCUAGCAGCUGGCUAUCUUAGCUUAGCAUAAAGACUGGAAACGGGGGAAACAGCUAGCCUGGCUCAGUGUGAAUGUUGUAUCAUGUUUGUUUAAUGCACUUUGUGUUUUGUACAGCUUAAAGAAACAUGAUGUAGCUUGUUAAUCAGUGAGCUUUAGAUGUGUGCUAAGGUGCCUGUUUUCAGUCUUUGUGCUACGCUAAGCUAAGCCGCUGCUGACUCGAGUUUCAUAUUUGCCGUACAGACAUGAGUGGUGUUAAUCUUCCCAUCGAACGCUCCACCAAAAAGCGAAUAAGUGUAUUCCCCAAAUUGUCAAACUUGUUCUUCAAUUUAGGACUUUAAAGGUCCAGUGUGUAACAUGUUUAGUUGUUCAUUAUCAAAAAUCUGUGUUCACACCGUUCACAAAUAAUAAUUAUAAUAUUACCACCACCAUCAAUUCCAAGUAUUCAUUUUGACUUGAAAUAU